AUGGACGAAGAUGGGGACAUCUGCUUUGAGGAUGAGAAGCUCGAUUUUGUUACGGACAGGUUUACUAUGGCCUGCGGCGUGUCAGUGUCUUACGUACAGCUUGCCUGCUGCGCUACCCACUGCGCCUUCCCGAGGCAGGGCAAGGAGCUGCUAGUUCAAAGCUACGCAGACGCAGAGAUGAAGCCCCUGAACCUCACCGGUCACCAUGCGCACAUAACUGCCCUGGCUUUCGGGACGUCGCAGGACCCACUCCUUCUUUGCUCUGGCUCUGACGAUUACGUUGUUGUGUGGGACAUUGAACGCUGCUACAGGAGAGCCAGGGAGGGUGUGAUUGCUUCAGGCACAGUCAUUGGAACACUGCUUGGCAGGGUCGAACACCUGUCUGUGUGUCCCACAAAUAUUAGGGUGGCAGUGUGCACAGGUACCAAAAUAUACAUCCUGAGUGUGAAGAGGGAGGAGGUCCAUGCGGUUUUGUGUGGCCACCUGGCACCUCUGACUGCUGCAGAGUUCUGUCCGUGGGCUGUGAAUAUGCUGGUGUCCAUCUCUGAAGACAGGACAUUCAAGGUAUGGGAUGUUAGAAAACAGGAGACUCUCUAUCAAUCAGCUGUGUUGUCAGCGUCUCCGUUGCUCAGCGUGUUUUUCAGCGAGAAGAGCAAACAGCUGGUCACUGGGUCUGCUGAUGGACAGGUGUGGUGCUUCACUCUCCCUGAUGACCACAGGUGCAGAAUGGUGACCCGACUGGACCUCCACAAGGUGGAGCAGAGGCACCUGAAACACCUGGAGAGUGGGGCAGAUGUGACAGAGAGGCAGGUCAUGUGUUUCUAUUCAGGAAUAUUCCGUGGGGAGCGGACAGACUUAGUGGAGACCUCAAAGCCAGUCCUGAGAAUGUUUCCCUGCAGUACACCCCCUGAUCCCUGUCACGCCCAGGAGAGGGGCGGGAGCUGCUUCUGGAUUGGCAGCUCUGAUGGCCUUUAUCUGGUCGAUCUGGAGACCUCUGAGCUCUGCACGGCACUUCGCUUCCGAGACUACCCGUAUUUGACCGUUUCCAUGGCAGGAUCGUGGGCCAUUCACCAAGGGGACGAGAACAAGGUCUUCUGCCUGGUGUCAUGUCCAUUUGACUCAAGCAUCUCCCUGUUGGAGAUUCAAGUGACAGGGCUCCUGGAGCGUCACUGUUCCCUCCAAAAAAGCAUCCUUCCUAGGGAGGAAAGCCUGUCGGUGGUCCCCAGUGGCCCAUUGAUGCCCAAGUCUCCUCUGAAUACAGAACUGGUGAGGAAGGAAGUCCCUAAAUCACCCAGAAAAACAGCUCCAGAUGUGAAAGUUGUUGUGAAGGAUCAUCCUAUUACCUUUCACCCGCGUGUGAAAUCAUCAGGAUACCAAACACCCCCCUGGAUGUAUGCCCCUAAGAACAAUGCACAGAAGAAGAGUCCAGGACAUUUAAAGACCAGCAAGAAACUAAAUCUGUUGGCUGAUUACCCAGAAGACAGCGCGGCUCCAAUCAUUCCACAUAUUCAAGUGAGCACGGCUGAGAGAUCCACUCCUGUCUGCUGUCUUCAGUACUCAGGAGACGGAAAGCAAAUCCUGUGUGGUCUUGGAAACAAACUGGCAUUGUUGUACAAGUCCUCUCUCACUGGCCCUCCAGUUGUCUACACAGGUCACGACGGGGCCAUUAACAGUGUGGGCUGGAGUCACAGUAAGCAGUGGGUGUUGACCGCUGGUGAAGACCGUACACUGAGGGUGUGGCCUGUGGGGACCGCAGAACCUGUUCUUAUGCUGGGAAGUGACAGAUUCUUCAAGCCUAUCAGGGGUGCCCAGUUUUACUACCUGGACAAGUUCUUGUUGCUGUCAUCUGGUCCCAACUUACAGCUGUACCUCUAUCACCUUGACAUGACCCGCGAUGACAUUAAGAGGUACCACCAGAAGAGCCUGUGCAAACUAACAGGGAAGUUCGGGAUGAGUUCAGGGACAGACAUCACCUGCUCGUCCGCAAUCAACCAGUUCUUCUCCUACAUUGUAUUGGCCUGCGGUGUUGACCGGUCUAUAGAUGUGUUUGACAUGAAUGUGGGGCGUGUUGCUGCAGGGGUCCCUGACGCCCAUACCAGAGCUAUCCAUCACAUCGCCCAGAAUCAGGGCUCCAUGUACACAACACAGGCACUUGACUCCUACAACCUCUUCCUGACCAGCGCAGUGACGGACGGCCUGAAGCUUUGGGACCUGCGCACUCUCAGGUGUGUUCGUCGAUAUGAGAGCCACAUGAAUCGAUGUCACCCCUGCACCGCUGCCUUCUCUCCCUGUGGACGCUUCAUCGCCACCGGGUCGGAGGACAACUGUGUCUACCUUUAUGAUGUCCGCAGCUGCACUUACCUGCACAAGCUACAGCGGCACUCUGAAACGAUCCUAAAUGUGGCCUUCAACCCUUUCACACCCGAGGUGAGGACCUCUCAGACCAUCACAGUGAUGACAGAGGCCCAGUCGGACAUCAGUGUGACUCCUAGCUGA